AUGGAAAAUUUGAAGAAGUCUUUUUUGCCUCCACGUGAGGUACAUGUUCAAGUGAAACAUUCACUGCCUCCUCAACAGAUUGAGAUCUUCAAAUCAUUAGAAGAUUGGGCUGAUAAGAACAUCUUGGUACACCUAAAGCCAGUUGAGAAAUGCUGGCAACCACAAGAUUUUCUUCCAAUGCCUGAAUCAGAUGGAUUCUAUGAUCAAGUUAAGGAGUUGAGGGAAAGAGCAAAGGAAAUUCCUGAUGAUUAUUUUGUUGUGUUGGUUGGAGAUAUGAUCACUGAAGAAGCCCUACCAACUUAUCAGACAAUGCUUAAUACCUUGGAUGGAGUUCGGGAUGAGACUGGUGCAAGCCUUACUUCCUGGGCAAUAUGGACCAGGGCCUGGACUGCCGAAGAGAACAGGCAUGGUGACCUUCUAAACAAGUAUCUUUAUCUCUCGGGACGAGUAGAUAUGAAACAAAUUGAAAAGACAAUUCAAUAUCUUAUUGGAUCAGGAAUGGAUCCUAAAACAGAAAACAAUCCCUACCUUGGGUUCAUAUAUACUUCAUUUCAAGAGAGGGCAACAUUCAUCUCCCAUGGGAACACAGCCAGGCAAGCCAAAGAGCAUGGGGACCUGAAAUUGGCUCAGAUAUGUGCUGUUGCCCAGCGGCUUGAAGUGUAUACUGCUAGGGAUUAUGCUGAUAUUUUGGAGUUUUUGGUUGGAAGAUGGAACAUAGAGAAGUUGACGGGUCUUUCGGGUGAGGGACGUAAAGCGCAGGAUUUUGUGUGUAGAUUGCCGCCCAGAAUUAGAAGGUUGGAGGAGAGGGCUCAGGGAAAGGCCAAGCAAUCAUCCACUGUUCCAAUCAGCUGGCUUUUUGGUAGAGAAGUAAAGGUUUAA